AUGGAACUUACAUUGCUUCUUGCUUUUGUAUUCAUUCUAACUUUCUGUGCAACUUCAGCACAAGAAGCAAUGGAAAUGGUAGUUGAAAAUGAAAGCAAUCUAUUGACUACUUACAUUGUUUACGUCCAAAAGCCUCAGGGUGAGGAUUCUCUUCAAUAUGACGACUUGCAUGGAUGGUACAACUCACUUCUACCAGAGAGUGCCAAGACUCAGAACCAGCAGCGCCUUGUUUUCUCAUACCGAAACGUGGUGUCUGGAUUUGCUGCGAAACUGACAGCAGAAGAAGCAAAAAGCAUGCAAGGGAGGGAGGAGGUUGUGUCGAUUCGAGCCGAAAGGAUCCUUUCUUUACACACAACUCAUAGUCCAGGCUUCAUGGGAUUGCAAACUGGAUUCCCAUUGUGGAGAGGCUCCAACUAUGGCAAAGGCAUCAUAGUUGGAGUGUUGGACACAGGAAUAAACCCUUCACAUCCAUCAUUUUCUGGUGAAGGAAUGCCUUCUCCACCGGCAAAAUGGAAGGGCCAUUGCGAGUUUACAAAGCAGAGGACUUGUAACAACAAGCUAAUUGGGGCGAGAAGCUUUGUCAAAAACUCAAGCAGGGAUCUUCCUUUCGAUGAUGUUGGCCACGGCACUCACACGGCCAGCACGGCCGCAGGGAGGUUUGUGCAGGGUGCAAGUAUCUUUGGCAAUGCUAACGGUACAGCUUCUGGCAUGGCACCCUUUGCCCAUUUAGCAAUUUACAAAGUUUGCCAACUUGAUGGUUGCUAUGAAAGUGCAAUCAUAGCUGGUAUGGACGCUGCCAUUGAAGAUGGCGUGGAUAUACUUUCCCUCUCUCUUGGAGGACCCCCUUUUGAGUUCUUUGAAGAUUCAAUUGCAUUGGGCGCCUUUGCAGCCAUUCGCAAUGGCAUUUUUGUUAGUUGUUCAGCUGGGAAUGAAGGUCCUGGCUAUAGUACAUUGUCCAAUGAGGCUCCAUGGAUUCUCACCGUUGGUGCUAGCUCCAUUGACAGAAAAAUAAGUGCAUCAGCCAAACUUGGCAAUGGAAAAGAAUUUCAUGGGGAAUCAGCAUUCCAACCCAAGGACUUUGCACCAACGCUAUUGCCACUUGUGUAUGCAGGAAAAAAUGGAAAUGAAUCUUGUGCAUUCUGUGCUCCAGGAUCAUUGGAGAGUGUGGAUGUUCAGGGUAAGGUAGUGUUGUGUGAGAUAGGUGGAGAUAUUGCAAGAAUAGACAAGGGACAAGAAGUUAAGAAUGCUGGUGGUGCUGCCAUGAUCCUCAUGAACAGUGAGAUUAGAGGUUAUACUACCCUUGCUGACCCUCAUGUUCUUCCUGCAGCACAUGUGAGUUACCAUGCUGGAUUAGAAAUAAAGGAAUAUAUAAAUUCAACCUCAGCACCAACAGCAACAGUCUUGUUUAGAGGAACUAUCAUCGGAGAUCCAUUUGCCCCAGUUGUUGCUUCCUUUUCCUCCAGAGGUCCGAACAAUGUAAGUCCAGGGAUUCUGAAACCAGACAUAAUUGGACCAGGAUUGAACAUUCUUGCUGCAUGGCCUGUUUCUUUGGACCACGCUUUUCCACCAAUGAACAUGAUUUCAGGUACUUCAAUGUCUUGCCCUCAUCUCAGUGGCAUUGCUGCUUUGUUGAAGAACUCUCACCCAGACUGGUCCCCAGCUGCCAUAAAAUCAGCAAUAAUGACCACUGCUCACAAAGCAAACCUUGAAGGUGAACCUAUAUUGGACCAAUGGCUUGAACCAGCUGAUGUAUUUGCAACUGGCUCUGGACAUGUCAACCCUCUCCAAGCAAAUGAUCCAGGACUCAUCUAUGAUAUUGAACCAAACGAUUACAUUCCUUAUCUAUGUGGUUUGGGUUACACAGACAAACAAGUUGGUACUAUCUUGCAACAGAAAGUGAGAUGCUCUGAGGUAAAAAUCAUCCAGGAAGCACAACUCAACUAUCCCUCAUUCUCUAUUGAAAUGGGGAAUACUUCACAGUCCUACACAAGGACAGUGACAAAUGUUGGGCCUGCAAAUUCAACUUAUGUUGUGGAAGUUGAAGCGCCUUUGGCUGUUGAAAUGAGCAUAAGCCCUGCCACGUUAACAUUCCAAGAGGUGAAAGAGAAGCUUACAUAUCUGGUUGAGUUCAUCCCUGAAGAUGAAAGUCUCAGAGGGAAUAACACUUUUGUUCAGGGCUCUAUUAAGUGGGUGUCUCUGUCUGGAGAGUACUCAGUUAGCAUCCCUAUAUCUGUCAUCUUCAAUUGA